AGAAACAGAAAACGCAAACCAACAACGUAUCGUUUAUAUCUCUCUCGCAAUGAAGAAGCCAGAGAUCGUCUUCAUCCCCGCACCGGCCAUGGGCCACCUCAUAGCCGCAGUGGAGGCUGCAAAACUUCUCGUUGAUCUCGAUGACCACCUCUCAAUCACGGUUAUCAUAAUCAAACCGCCACCAUAUGAAUCCAAGGUCAGUGACUAUGUCCAAUCCCUGCGCUCCUCCACAUCCUUCUCCGACCGCAUCAGAUUUAUCGAACUCCCCCAACCUCGUCAAGAUGAGCUCGCGGCCAAGAACAUCCCACUUCCUAAAUUCUUCAGCACCUACAUCGAGAGUCAUAAGCCCCUAGUCAAAGAGGCCGUCCUCACAAAGUUCGAUGACUCAGACUUAGUACUUACCGGCUUCGUCAUCGACAUGUUCUGCACGCCGAUAAUUGAUUUGGCUACUGAACUCGGCGUGCCUAGCUACGUGUUUUUCACCUCAAGUGUUGCUUUUCUUGCUCUCAUGUUCCAUUUGCAGACACUGCGUGACGAGCAAAACAUGGACGCUUCCGAGCUCAACGACUCGGAUUCCGAGUUGCCCUUUCCUGGUUUCGUCAACGCAAUUCCGGCCAAGGUCUUGCCUACCGUCGUCUUACAUAAAGAAUGGCUUGCCGUAAUCAUUGAAAUAGCCAGAAGACUUCGAGAGACCAAGGGUAUUAUGGUAAAUUCGUUCACGGAGAUUGAAUCUUAUCCACUCGAAUCCCUCUCUCGAUCUCAAGUGGGGAAUGUCCCACCGAUUUUUCCUGUGGGGCCCAUAUUGAAUCUGAAAGGUGACGGCCAUGAUGAGUCCAGUUCGGGUGAGUUUGAUGUCAUAAUGCAAUGGCUUGAUAAUCAACCUCCAUCAUCAGUUGUGUUCCUUUGCUUUGGGAGCAAGGGAAGCUUCAGCGAAGAUCAGGUGCAAGAGAUCGCAUGUGCAUUGGACCAGAGUGGGCAUCGAUUCUUGUGGUCCUUACGCAAACCCCAACCAAAGGGUGUCAUAUCCUCACCAACCGAUUAUUCAAAUUUUGAGGAGGUUUUGCCUCAAGGAUUCUUAGAUCGAACGGCUGAGAUUGGAAAAGUGAUUGGAUGGGCCCCACAAGUGAGUGUUCUGGCCCACCCUGCAAUCGGAGGAUUUGUAUCGCAUUGCGGUUGGAAUUCCACGCUUGAGAGUAUAUGGUUUGGUGUUCCCAUUGCGGCGUGGCCACUGUAUGCAGAACAACAAUUCAAUGCAUUCCAAACGGUUAGGGAGUUAGGAUUGGCAGUGGAGAUUAAGAUGGAUUACAGGAGGGAUUCGAGGCUCGGGAUUAAAGAACCACCCAUCGUGACUGCAGAAGAGAUAAAGAGAGGAAUAGUAGGACUAAUGGAGCCACAAAGUGAUGUAAGGAAGAAGAUGAAGGUGAUUAGUGAAAAGAGCAGAAAAGCCUCCGUCAAGGGAGGUGGAUCUUCCUACUCCUCACUUCGCGAUUUCAUCAGUCUUGUCCUAGGUAACAUGCCCAUGAAUUAAUUGUUGCUAAUUGAUUAAGGUUAAAUUUUGUCAAAGUUUUCAAUGUUUUAAUUUUUCUCGCAACUUUCAAUUAGUAAUGCUGGAAAAAUUCAAGACAAGAAAAAUGAAGAGAUUGUGGAAUU